CCCCCAAGGCAAUACGCAGUCUGUCUGUGCAUGGACCUUGGGGACCUCUCGAGUGUCCUUCUUUGAAUCACAGCACACAUAUUUAGCCAGUCUAUCUCUUCUCCUCAUUAUUUCACCACACACCCCUCUCUCUCUAUCAUCUUCUAUCUACUUUCCCCUUCAAAUACGUUGACCAAAUAUAAUUUACAUAUAUAUAUCUCCUUCAAACGUAAUCACAUUCCAUACCAGGUGAACAACAAUGGCCGCCGCCACCAUUACACGCUGCAACUCACUCCUCUUGCUGCUCAUCAUCUUCACUUCAAUUCUUCAAGUAAAAGGUCAUAACCAACCACCAACUCGUUUCUGUAACUAUAAUUCUUUCCUUGGAUAUCUCAUGCUUAUUAUCUUUUCCAGUAUUGCAGGAUCUACAACUCAAACCCAACAGCUACUUCCUAAUGAUGAAGAAAGAGUUUUCUCUCAUUCUUCUCCAUUAUAUUUUCAGGGUGACGGAAAGAAGAUGAAGAGGAAUUCAAGGAGGUUAAUGAUUGGAUCAACGGCACCCACCUGCACAUACAAUGAAUGUAGAGGAUGCAAAUACAAGUGCAGCGCUGAGCAAGUUCCGGUUGAAGGAAACGACCCCAUAAACAGUGCUUACCAUUACAAAUGUGUCUGUCACCGAAAAGAGUGGAAGAUCAGAAAUCUUUUUCGGGGGUGAUUUUGGAUUUGAAUUUUCUUGCACGUUCUGGAUGCAUGGUGGUGUGAGCAGACGCGUGGGGGGGCACAUGAUGAGUGGUCCCAAAACGAAGAUAUAAGCUAACAAAGAAUCAAUUCACAUGGGUGCUCUCCUUCUUAUAAUUGAUAUUGCACAAGCUGGCAAAACUGGAAAUAUAUAUUAAUAAAGCCAGAUGUUCAUGAGGAGGGGAAUUGGACCCAGUUUUAGCACAGAAACAAAAGCAUGCAAA